AAAAAACCCAAAAAAAAAAGAAAACAACUAAAACACAAGACUCGGACUUGUCACUUUGCUGCGCUUUUGCAUUGGCCAAUGCAAUUGCAAUGGGGGGGCCUCCAAUGCGGCGGUGGCGCUGGUCCAUGUGAUCCAAACCCCGAUGAAUUAUGGAACAUGUAAAUAGCACUAAUGCCAGACAAACGCAGCAUCAUCAUUUCGAUCAGCAGCUGCCGCACAAUGACAACCAGCAGCAGUUCUGCCUUCGAUGGCACAAUCAUCAGACCAGCCUGCUGAGCACCCUGCCCAUUCUGCUGGACCAGUCCCAUCUGACGGAUGUGACCAUCUCGGCGGAGGGUCGCCAGCUGAGGGCCCAUCGCGUGGUGCUGAGUGCCUGCAGCAGCUUCUUCAUGGACAUCUUCCGGGCACUGGAGGCCAGCAACCAUCCCGUGAUCAUCAUACCCGGCGCCAGCUUCGGGGCCAUCGUCUCACUGCUCACCUUCAUGUACUCCGGCGAGGUGAACGUCUACGAGGAGCAGAUACCCAUGCUCCUCAAUCUGGCCGAGACGCUGGGCAUCAAGGGACUGGCCGAUGUCCAAAACAACAACCUACCCAAGACAUCGAGGAGUGGAGGCGUCUCCUACAUGGAUCCCAGCAACGAGAAGUGCUCCGAUUUCGAGCGUCCCAGCACGCCCUCCCCAACGCCCACGCCCACCAUCACGCCCUCCCACACACCCACUCCCAGCCUGCCCCUGCCCCUGCCCCUCCCCCUGCCGCAGCUGCCCAGUCCGGCGCUGAGCACCCCCCUGCUGGCCAACAAACUGGGAUCGGUGGGGCCGACUGGGCUGGGCACCACGCCCCUGGAGAACCUCUUCAAGUCGCUGCAGUUCUACCCCAGCCUACUCCCGCAGCCACUCAACUUCUCGCAGACGGCCCUCAACAAGACCUCCGAACUGCUGGCCAAGUACCAGCAGCAGUGCCAGCUCUACCAGAGUGGGAUGCAGGAGGAGCACCUGGACACGGACUGCUUCGGAUCGAAGCGCCUCAAGGGCGACAGUCCGCCCAAGGAGCUGCGCAGGCUGGAGAAGAGCCUGGCCAAGGGUCCGAAGACUUCGUCAACCGCAAAUAGCAACAGCAGCAAGUCGCCGCAGGAGUGCUCCAUGCCCAAUCCGAUUGUGGCCACUUCGCCCGUGACCCUAGCUCCGCCUGCCAUGGCCCACUUUUCGCCCCAGCUGCCGGUGGUCAAGUGCUCCUCGGCCAGCUAUCCGAGUCCCAUUGGUCAGGGUACUGGUCAGCUGUAUAGCAGCAAGCCGGCGAUGUAUAGUGCCGCUGCCACGCCCACCUCCGCCCAGCAGGCAGCACAGAUGCACCACCAUCACCAUCACACCUCGCCGGCGGCCGGCGUUGCGACGCCGUACAUCUCGGCCGAGGAUCACGCCAAGCUGCAGCUCCACAUCGAGCAGUACCAGCGGGAAGCGGCCGCAGCCGCUGCUGCAGCGGCCGCCGGCGGCAUGGCGCUGGUCAGCGCCAAGUCGGAGCCCAAUCUGCUCUCGCUGAGCGCCGACCGCGACAAGUCGCUGGCCACCGCUCCGCUCAAGCCGCCCUCCAACUCCAAGCUGUACGCCACCUGCUUCAUCUGCCACAAGCAGCUGAGCAACCAAUACAACCUGCGCGUCCAUCUCGAAACCCAUCAGAAUGUGCGGUACGCGUGCAAUGUCUGCUCCCACGUGUCCCGCAGCAAGGAUGCCCUGCGCAAGCACGUCAGCUACCGUCAUCCUGGGGCGCCAUCACCCUGCGAGAACGAGGCCCGUCGGAAGCGGGUCUCCAAGCUGGCGGCGACCACCGGGCCGUCGGUGGCCACACCCACUCCCAUGGCGAUGACCACGCACACGGUGACCAGCGGGGAUGUGGGUCCUGCGCCGGCCACCACCAUCGGAUGCGCGGGACAGGAGGGUCGCAACCCGUACCUCUUCCUGCCCAACCAGUUUCAGAUGGCGGCCGCCGCAGCCGCCGUGGCGGUGGCCGAAUCCUCGCCAGCAUCUGGCCAGCCGUCGCUGGACUUGGCCCACGAGGCGCCGCCGGGCAUCAAGGGCGAGCGGGAGCCACCGGCGGCCAGCAAUGGAGAGGCCACAGGUGCGGAGACAUCGGCGGCAACCACCUGAGGAUAAUAUUUUCAAUUAUAUUUGCGAUUCGUUCAACUCACCACACAGACACGCACACAGACACAAGGUACACGCCCACCCAUGCAUACUCAAUAGUGUUGGGUGGCUCGCAAGUUGGCAAAAAUGAGAUAUAUAACCCCUCGUUCUGAAUAUAACAUCAAUCAAAUUUGGGGGAAUCUAAAUCCUUUAAUAUUUAUGAAUUACUGAAAAUGAUCAGUUUUCCGUCCUUCACUGGCAAAAAUUCCUUUUAAAUACUCCUUGUUAAGACAAAUUUGAGAUCGAUAUGAAAAAUUUCAUUCACUCAAAUCUUUUUAUAUACUUUUUUUUUUUAGAUAUUUGCAAAAAUUAUAAUGUUCAACAGUUUUUAUAUUAGUUCCUAUAAAAUACUACUUCUUGAGUCAAUCUGAAUAUUUUAAAACCAUGAUUUUAGUCGUUUUUAUAUUGAUUUUGAAAAUGUGACCAACAAAACUUAAAAACAGACUGUUUUAAAAAAUUGAUAUUUUUAGAAACUUUCAAUAUAAAAAGUGCUGCAACAUUAAAAAAAAAAAUUUUUUCUAGAAACAUUAUAUAAGUUCAGCAACCUUUUACAAAUAAUUAUUCGUUUUUUUUAUGAAUCUCUUUAAAAAGACAAUAUUGAUGAACUAUUUAUCCGCGCCGCGGAUCCACCUAUUUUGAAAUGGAAUUGAAAAUAUUAAAGGGGGUCAGCAGAACCCCAGUCACCCUUGAAGAAAGUUAGUGCCCACACCCAACACUAUGUAUGCUCAUGCCAUCCAUCUUUUAGCCCCACCGAAACCAACGUCUUAAAACCCGGCUGUGAUAAUUAGCGCAAUUCGUUUUUCGUCUUCUGCACACAAACACAUGCGAGCGCCUUUCUAGCUAUCUUAAUUUAUGUACUUACUUUUAGAACAAUUUACGUUUAUUAUUUCACAAGCUGUAGCAACCUCCGAGGCUCUCAAACUGCAAACAGAUUCAAACAAUUAUUACCUUUCGCUUUCGCGCACUCACUCACAAGCACACGCCCACACAUUCUAGUAAAUUAAGCCAAGUUUUUAUAAAUAUUGUAAUUAUACACCUGAACACGCACACACACAUGCACACAAAAAGACAGGGUGAAGACCUACAAAACAAAAGAAAAAAACAUACACAAUUUUAAAGAGGAAUA